AUGUUUCAUGACAUGACGCUCGACCGUACGACCAACGGCCACGGCCUCAUUUCUGAGCAUAAGUAUUUUGGCGAGAAUGGACUGGAGCAUGUGCGCACGUUGGAGAAACCUGUACAGCAAAUCCCGAGGUUCGAGGAACUGUGUACACUGCUGAUGAAGCCUGAGAAUCGGCAUGUCAAACUCAAUGUGGACAUCAAGCCAAACAAUGAUGCCGAACGCCUGUUCCGCAUCAUGGGUGAGACGGUACGAAAGUUCCCUGAGCACGAGAAAGAGCUCGCACCCCGUCUCAUUCUUGGUCUUUGGCACCCGAAGUUUAUUGCUCCAGCGAAAAAGUACGUGCCUUCGCUACGCCGCGCAUACAUUGGUGCCUCGCCGGCGGAUGCGCGACGCUUCUUCUGGAAUGACUGCGAUGCCUUCUCGAUUUGUUUCGCAGCUCUCGUCGGUUCAGAAGGCCAAAGGUUCCUUCGGGAAGCACGUGCAGCUAAUAAGGAUGUGAUGGUCUGGACUGUGAACCGCAAAGACGAAAUGAUUCAAGCAACUAAGUGGGGCGUUAAGGCUAUCCUCACAGACUAUACAGCUGAUCUGCACAAGCUGCGCGAUGAAAUGACAGGUACGUAUGCAAUGCCCGUGGCGUGA